AUGCAUGUUUAUUAUUCAGAUUAUAUAGUUUAAGCUGAAAACUAUUAAAAUCCUUUUAUACCAUACACAAGUGGUACUUACUACAGUGUAAAUACAAAUGCUUUGUAAAUAGUAUCUUUCACAUACAUGAAUACCCAUGAAAAUGAUGAUAUUGGAUUGAUAAGUUCUGAUAUUUAGUAGUAAAGCUAAUUGAUAUUCUCUUAGCAGUCAGCUAUAACAGGAAAAGAUACUUCUUAAGGCAUUUUCAAGCUUAUAAUAUAUUUGGAAAAAAAAGCAAAGAUUAAAUAUUAACAGAACAUAUACUAAGCUGAGCUUGGUCAUUUCUUAAAUUGGUGGUUUUUACAACAUAUUGUUUUUUGUUGGCUACAUUUAGCUAAGCCAGCCAUACACUUCGCUACCACUUAAAAGAGAGCUCGUCGACCAAACGUUUACUUUUAGUUAUGA